AUGAUCCCCAAGGUUUUCAGGCCACACGUGCAGCUCCACGACACCGGAACCGAUCUCUUGUCUUUCUUUGUCUUCUCUGUGGCCGAGAGCCUGCCCCACGACGUCGUCCCCCCCGCCGAUCACUCCCUCGACGCGACCGACGCAGCCAUCCGACACCCUGCUGCCGCGCACACAGAGCUCCAGCCCGAGCCCGAGUACCGUUCGGAACCUCAACUCCAGAGCAAGCAAGAUGCUUCCCAUGCCGUCCCCCAGAUGAUCCAGCUGUACGAUGUGCAACCGAUGCAGCAGGCUGAUGCCCCACCAAGCCACCAAGGCACCUUCCGAGCGGACUCGCUGCUCCUGGCCACGAUCGCAGUUACCAACGAAAUCCCCCCCAUCCCCGAGAUUCCCGAUUUGCAUUGCCUCUCCAUCGCUCGCGCAAGCACUGCUCAUGCCGAGCACGACUACGACAAAGCCACAGACAAGUCCAGGAGCUGCAUUGCAGGUCAAUUUGGAUACUUGGUCGAGGAGGACGUUUCGCCCACAACACCCCGACCGCCGCAACGCCCUCAUGGCGAAAACAUCGUCGAACUCGUCAUCGACCGUGCCACACACUUUCCACUCUACUCCGACAAUUGGUUGUUUUCCUCAACAUCGAGAUCUAAAGAUGCCCCGACACCCCGCUCUUGA